UCUCCUAAUGGGCUUAGGCCCAAAUAAAACACCCUCCAAUACGACGUCGUAAAUAAAACUCCCAAUAGUACAUUCCACCGUAAUAAUCGAUCUGAGAACAGAAACUGAAAAACAGAGAGUGGGAAAACAUUUUCAAUUUCUCCAUCAUCAUCCCGUAACAAAAUCCCCAAACCCGAAAACCCGAAACGAAACCGAAAUGGGCAAAGAUCUGAGCGACGAUCAAAUCUCUUCCAUGAAAGAAGCUUUCACUCUAUUCGACACCGAUGGCGACGGCAAGAUCGCUCCAUCGGAGCUCGGAAUCCUCAUGCGAUCUCUCGGCGGAAACCCGACCCAAGCUCAACUCAAAUCCAUCGUCGCCGAAGAGAAUCUCACAUCGCCGUUCGAUUUCAAUCGGUUUCUGGAUCUCAUGUCCAAGCACAUGAAACCUGAGCCGUUCGAUCGUCAGUUACGCGAUGCGUUCAAGGUUCUCGACAAGGAUUCCACUGGAUUCGUCUCCGUCAACGAGCUUCGUCAUAUUCUGACUAGUAUCGGGGAGAAGCUUGAGCCGGCUGAGUUUGAUGAAUGGAUCAGGGAAGUUGAUGUUGGCUCUGAUGGGAAGAUCCGGUACGAGGAUUUCAUCGCUAGAAUGGUUGCUAAGUGAGGCCACACUCAGAUCCUUCUAUUCAAAUCGGUUCAAGUGCUUUUUUUUUAAUUGCUUUUUUCUAGUGUUUUGGUAUUUUCUAUGUUUAAUUUGUGAUGCUUGUUUUUUUUCAUUCGGUUUCUUCAAGUGGAUCAAUUAAUUAACCUAGUUGUGCUUGUUUUUGUAAUUGAAACGGAGUUACUGUUGGGAAUAUAUGUGUAUCUAAUCCUUUGUUUCAA